CCCUGCUGAUUACGCUAUCGAUAAAGUCGCAAUUGGGAAAUUCUUGAUGUUUGGAGGGUGGGAUUCAGAACUUCACCAGGGAGCUCCACCCGAGGCCCUCAGAUUUCGAGCUCUGAAAACCGCAGACGUGCGAGGCCGUCGGACAACGCAGCAAGCCCGCGAACCUGGCAGCCUGGACACAGAUGCUUUGAGGGCGCCUAGCACAAUGGUGGCCAGCUCAUGAACCUCUCCAAACGAAUCGAAAGGUCGAUAUGCGGCACCAGGCUUCUGCACCGGCCAUCGCCAGGCCCACCACCUCGACCGGCCUGCUGCGCCAAAUUUGCGACGACGGGGGAGCAAGCACAGGCAAGCCCUUAUGCUGGGCCCUAUCGCCACCAUGCUGGACCGUUGUAUCUGCUCGGCAGCUGCUUCUCUCGAUUUGGAGCACUGCAGCUUCAGCACUCUUCCGCACUGUACACAACCUGCCCCGCGGGCUUCAGCGACGGCUUCUUCACCCCUCACACGGGCCAGCGAGGCGGCAGGCCGACUGCAUCCCUAGGCAAUGCGGCCUACACAGGCGCAAAGGGCACAGGAUAUCACACAGGGGAGGGAGAAUCCAAUCCGAUCGGGGUCCCCGACCAUGACAGGCAGCCCACAAAGGAGGAGCUUCUGGCCAUCGUGGGGCAGUACGACCCAAACGAGACCGUCGACGGGCAUCUUCAGUUCGUCAGGGACCCCUAUCUUCGAGGAUAUGCGCAACCCAAUGGCCCGGUGAUGGCGGACCCUCCGGUACCCGACGGUGCGCCUCGGCAUGCUGUAACCGAGUACAGAUUUUAUCCCAACAUCGAGGAGAGACGGAUCCUGAUGCGCCUGCGGGAAGCAGUGGAUUGGCGCUUGGGGAACCCUGUCCCGGAGGACGAAGCCAGUUCCGCGGCAGUGUAUGCAGAAUACACCCGGCUGGGUGAACCACAGCUUGCGCUUCAGAUUCGCAGCCUGCGUCACGACCUUCUCCGCUCGUUGAGCCAGGGGGUAAAGCGGAAUCACAAGAAUAUGCUUCGCUAUCUAUCUGUGGUUGGCACGGUGAAGAACUGUGGCUAUGCGCUGUCGCAGGGCCAGUGGAACGCCGCCAUGUCCUUUGCGAGCCGCUACGUAGGCUCGUCGAGCGAGACCGAGGUAGAGGCUGCCCUCGGCAUAUGGCGCGAGAUGGAGCACAUGGCAAGCAUCAAGGCCAACGGGGUCACGUUCAACAUCCUGUUCGACGUGUCCACCAAGGCCGGCAACUUCACCCUCGCCGAGAUGCUGUACCGGGAGAUGGAGAACCGCCGGAUCCCCUUCAACCGCUACCACAACGUCUCCCUCAUCUACUUCUUCGGCAUGAUGCUGAACGCGGACGGCGUCAGGGCCGCGUACCGCGAGAUGGUGGAGGCGGGCGAGGUGAUCGACAAGGUCGUGCUCAACUGCGUCAUCUCGGGCCUCCUCCGGUGCGGCGACGAGGCCGGGGCCGAGCGCGUGUACGAGAAGAUGAGGACGUGGCGCAGCAACAAGCGCUGGCGCCAACCCCAAGCCUACACGACGCACAAGGCCGUCACCAAGGCCUUCAUCAUGUUUGCGCGCGUCGCGCGCCAGCACCCGGAGCUGCGGGGCGGCUUCCAGGUCGCGGCCCCGAUGAUGCCGGACCUGCAGACGUACCGCAUCCUGAUGCGCCACUACGGCGUCCGCGUCGGCCGCAUCAGCGACGUGGCCCGCUACCUCGAGGACAUGAAGCACUUCCACGUCCCACUGCACGGGAGCAUCUUCCUGGCCCUCUUCAAGGCCUUUGCGCUGCACGGCUCCGCCAGCGUCGCCGACUGGGGCCCCGAGCGGCUCUUUGGCGUGUGGGAGGCGCUGCUCAGCGCCCUGGACAGCCAGAGCGAGGGCCUCUACGUCGACACCUGGCUCGUCGGCUGGGCUCUGCGAGCGUUUGCCAAGCUGGGCCAGCGUCGCAUGCUUCUCGACGUCUACGCCGAGCUCGGCGCGAGAUGGGACCUAGACGACGAGAAUAAAGAGUUUAUGGUGCAGUUUCUGCACCGCUUACUGCGAAAACACAAGAUACCCAUCCCACUCGAGGGUUCGCCCUCCUGGAGUCAAUGGAGUUCCGGCCGGUAAAGGGAAAAUGGGGUUGUAAAAUAUCGGCCACCCUCACAUAUACAAAUGUUCGUAAUCAUAUUUCAUGUAAAUAACAAACAGUAACAUAUCAUAUAGCAUGGAUCUGCUUAGAAGCGUG